AUGGAUGAAAUUGAAGUUCCAAAGUAUUUCAUCUGCCCUAUAUCCCUUCAAAUCAUGAAAGACCCGGUAACCACUAUAACAGGUAUCACAUACGACCGAGACAGCAUUGAACACUGGCUAUUCACCAACAAAAGCACCACAUGCCCAAUCACAAGACAACCUCUCCCUAAACACUCUGACCUAACCCCAAAUCACACCCUUCUCCGCCUAAUCCAAUUUUGGUGCACCCAAAAUUGUAUUCAUAGGGUUCCCACACCUAAGCCACCACUUAACAAGUUACAAGUCCUCAAGCUUCUCAAAGAUAUCAAGGACCCCAACUUGCAACUCAAAACGAUCAAGGAAUUGAAAUUGCUAGCAACUCGAAACGAGAGAAAUAAUAUUAACAAAUGUUUGUUACUUCAGGCUGGUGUCCCAAAGGCCAUGAUCUUAUUCAUGUUGACUUGUUUUAGAAAAAGUCAAUUUGAUAAGGCUCUAGAAGAAGCUUUAAGUUUAUUGCAACUUGUUGAUGUGCCAGAAGAGGAAAUAAAGCUUCUUCUAGCAGAGAAAAAUGAUCAAAUAUUGGAUUCCCUAACGCGGGUUUUGGGCUCUGAUGAGAUGGAGAAUUCAAUUGCUGUGAAGUCCCAUGCAUUGAUGUUACUCAACACAUUCAUGCAAGAAGCUAGCUCCAGCGUAAUGGAAAGUGGGACUAACCAACAAGACACGAAGGCUGCUUUUCAUGCCAUGUUAAUCGCUUGCCACUGGGGGAGAAACAGGAUCAUGAUGGUUGAAAGUGGUGCAGUUUUUGAGCUCAUAGAGAUUGAAUUAUUGACGCCUGAAAAGAGAACCACGGAACUCACGAUGGAGAUACUGUUUCGUCUGUGUUCUUGUGCUGAGGUGUCAUUGCUUUGUUGACGGACUGAUUGCAAUAGCAGCACCACAGGAGACAUUCCAACUACCAGACCCAAUAAGGAACCGCACUAAGCCCACUUACCUGAAUGACUAUGCAUAAGAGGGGACAUCAUGUGUGCUCACGAUUCUGAUAGGAGACGGCCAUUGUGCUCCCUCAAUUCUUGUCAUGGUGGCUAACACAGAGAAGAUGAUCCUCCAACAACCUUCUACUAAAGUAGAGGAGAAGAGAUUGGGAAAGAGGGAGAAGAAGAACACAAUUAAGCAAAACAAAUUAAAACCCUCAAAUAGAAACCCUAAAAUGAAAAAUCAUCAUUCCCAUUAAAGAAAUUAGAAGACCCUAAAACUCUCAUUAAUGGGCUCAAAGGAUCCUCCAAAAAAUCAAAAUAUGAGUUUAAGACAAAGAAUAUUUGAAAAAAAAAAAAGAAGAAAUGAAACAAAUCUCACUAAGAGAUCAUCAGGAAUGGUGGUGCAGCCGUGGUGGCACAACGGAGCAGUGGAGGUGGUGUGGCGGGGUGGGAGGAAUGGUGGUGCAGCCGUGAUGGCACA